AUGGCUAAUGGAGAUGAAAAUAAUACUAAAAAGCUUCACAUAGUUAUGUUUCCAUGGCUAGCUUUUGGUCAUAUCAUCCCAUUUCUUGAACUUUCCAAAUUCAUAGCUCGAAAGGGUCACAAAAUUUCGUUUAUUUCAACUCCAAGAAACAUUGACCGUCUCCCAAAAAUUCCCUCUGAAUUUUCUACUUCCAUAACUUUUGUAAAAAUUCCAAUUCCUAAAAUUGACGGCUUACCAAAAGAUGCUGAGGCUACUAUGGAUAUAACAAGUGAAGAAAUUAUUUAUCUCAAGAAAGCAAUGGAUGGUAUGGAAAAAGAUGUGACUAAUUUCUUAGAGAAAAAUUGUCCUGAUUGGAUUAUUCAAGAUUUUGCACAAUAUUGGUUGGCUCCAAUUUCAACCAAAUUAGGUAUUUCAAGAAUUUACUAUGGUAUAAUCAAUGCUUGGUUCAAUUGCUUCUUAGGUUCAAUUGAGAACAUGAUCAACACCAACAAUUGUACUUCACCACCUAAGUUGGAGGAUUUUUUGGUUCCACCAAAAUGGAUCCCAUUUGAGACAAAGGCGGCGUAUCGCCUCCAUGAGGCACGAUGGAUGGUGGGGUGUAGUCAAAAGAAUGUUUCUGGAGUUUCAGACAUGUAUCGUAUUGGUGUCACAAUUAAAGGGUUAGAUGCUAUUAUUAUUCGUCAUUGUCCUGAAUUUGAAGGUCAGUGGUUGAAGUUACUAGAGGAUCUGCAUCAUAUACCCGUGCUUCCUACGGGGCUAAUGCCCCCUAUAGUGGAAAGUAGUAGCGAUGAAAAAAAUGAAUCUUGGAUAUCGAUUAAAGAAUGGUUAGAUGAGAAACCAAAAGGUUCGGUGGUUUAUGUAGCUCUAGGAAGUGAAGUGACAGUUGGUCAGAGUGAAAUCAAUGAGCUAGUUCGUGGGUUGGAAUUAUCUGGAUCACCGUUCUUUUGGGUCUUAAGGAAUCCAUCAGGUUCAAGAAAUAAGGACCCUAUUGAGCUACCGGAUGGUUUUGAGGAAAGAACCAAAGAUCGAGGCAUAGUAUGGAAGAGUUGGGUACCUCAGUUGAAGAUACUGAGUCAUGAAUCAAUUGGCGGGUUCUUGACUCAUUGUGGAUGGAGCUCGAUUAUAGAAGGGCUUAUGUUUGGUCAUCCAUUGAUUAUGUUACCAUUUCUGGUUGAUCAAGGACUGAAUGCUAGAAUUCUAGAAGACAAAGGGGUUGGUAUAGACGUACCACGAAACGAAGAGGACGGGUCCUACACGAGCGACUCGGUGGCCAACUCAGUGAAGUUAGUAAUGGUGGGAAAUGAUGGAAAGAUAAUUCGAGAGAAAGCAAAAGAAAUGAGUUCCAUAUUUAAUAACAAAGAGCUUCAUGAUAAGUAUAUUGAAAUUUUGAUUAAUUUCUUGGAAAAUUAUAGGAAAGUCAAGAAUUAA